UCGGCAAACCAAGGACAUCCGACAAUGACGACGGCAGCGAACCCUAGGUAAAGUGCGAGAGCCAGAGCCAGAGCUAGAGUGAGUAUGCUCUAGUAAAUCCCAGUCGUGAUUGCCUUCUUUUCAAUUGUGCUGUGAUACCGAUUUUCGUGCGAGAUGCUCGUUUGACGCUCUGCAGUCUUAAGAUUCGUGGUAAGCAGGUUGACCAACCCGUCCUGGCUUCAAAUCGCAAUAUAAUGGCCGAGACUGGCGACUCGUCCGUCUCUCCGCCCGUUGCUGGAGAAAGGGAUUUCGAGACACUCGACACGCCGGCACCGGCACGCAGAACAGCAGACCCGUUGAGAAUCAGGCGAAAUACAGCCUGUGUUCGGUGCCGGGACGCCAAGGUGAAAUGCAACACAGGUCUGGCCCCAAACCGGCCCUGCCAGCGCUGCACCAAGCUGGAACUGCAGUGCGUCGUUGACAGGAGCCACAAGAGGACAACACGACGAAGUAAACUAGAAGAGCUGGCUGCAGAACUCCAGACCAUCAAGGAAGCCGUCGCUCCCCGUGCGUCUCUCCUUGUUCCUACAGAUGGCCCUCCUGCGCAUCCGCACCAGCUGCCGGCGGCCGUGUCUUCGGUUCCUGCCGUGCAAGUCGUUCCAGCCCACAACUUGGACGGUCUGGCAGCCCCCCUGACGACCUCCUCAUUUCUUCCCUCGCCACCAAGUCUCUUCGGUAACUCCCGUUCCUACACUGCCGUAAGCGACCAACCGGCGCCCGCCCCCGCCCGCCUAGAUGAUGCCAUUCCCGACGCCGACGGCCUGUCGAGGCGUCGAGCCGAGCCCAGGGCCCUUGGUUCGCGCGUCUUCUCAGGCGAAGACAUUGAAUACUACUUUGACAAGUACUUUGAACACUUCCACCCUUACUUUCCCAUUGUCCGUGCUCGGGAUCCCGAUACCUGCUACAAAAGGGGCGCCGUCCUGUUCUGGACCGUCAUCAUGACUGCCUGCCGCCGCUUUUCUCGCGACGACAACGCCUUCCAGUUCCUCAAAGACUCGCUCAUGCCCGAGAUAUGGAGCUCCGUCUCCCAACUGCCCCUAAACCUGUCCAUCGUCAAUGCCCUCAUGCUGGUCGCGGCUUGGCCAGCCCCCUCGGUCCGUUUCUUGAACGACCCCUCGCUUAUCUUUGCGGGCAUCGCUACCAACUCGGCCUUUCUUACCGGCCUUCACACUGGCCGUGGUUGCCAUUCCGAGUUCAGUCGGAACGACCAGUUCGGCUGGUCUGAUGCCACGGACGAGGAAGCAACCUUUACUUGGGCUGGCUGUGCCAUAAUCUCUUCCCUCGUGUCUGCCUACAUGGGCUGCCCUCCUUCGAGCACGCUAUUCAACAAGGCCAUCGAAAGGAUGUUGGAUGGGACUAGCCCGUUCCCUCUUCCUCGAUACUUUGUUGUUCAUCUAGAGACGUCGCGAUUUGCCGACAGGGUCAGUAGGACCAUGUGCGCCUCGCUCGAGGAAGGCCAGGGCGUCUCGCACCACCUGGUCGCACAUAUGGAACAAGAGUACAGCAGGAUUCAGGGGUUGCUGUAUCCCGAUAACUGUGAUCUGGACAACUUUACUCUUGUCUCGUCGCUUCUGGAAAUCCAGACGUACUACUUCAUGCCCCUUCCCGGCUACAGCCCGGACAUUUUGAAGCGGAAUCUGAUCAAGUGCUACACCACUGCCGAAUCUGUAAUCCAGCAAGCCGCGCAACUCCACCGCGAGACUGCAUUCCUGCACUACGCGCCGCAUUUUGUCUUUCGAACGAUCGCAACCGCCAUGUGCGUCAUCAUAACCGUCCAUAUGUCGGCAUUCACAAAGGGCUUCCAGGUCGACUCAGUGGACACUCUAGUCAAGGAAGCGCUGCGUUUGACGCGGGCGUGUUCGAUAGAGGAAAACGACCUCCACAUGCGCUCCGCCAGCAUGCUCGAAAAGUACUGGGCGCUGCGGCACCACAUCCCAAGACCUGACUUGACAGACCCGGGCAUCUCCAUCUAUACCCAUCGCCUCGGAGCCAGUUUGGCCUUUGCGUGUCUCAGGUACUGGAAGGAGCAGAUCGAGCACGCCCGGGAUACCUCCAAUUCGAACCCUCCCUUGCAAGAACCUUUUGAUGACCAAUCAACGCCACGGCCGGGACCGAACGCGGAGCUCGGGCUGGCUGAUUUCCACAGAAUCGACUGGAAUGCGUUUAAUGCGUUCGAGGUUGACUACGACUGGAGCUUUACGAGCAACUACCUUGGGAUAUAGGCAAGGGUGAUGCUGUCUGGGAGUGAUUUCUGUCUUUUUGACCUUGGAGCGAGCGGGCGAACGAAUACCACGGGAACUUUUGGCUCGAUUCACGGCUUGGCUAGUCUUCAUAAGCACAUGCAUGCCUGGCGUUUCUUGGGUCAAGUUGCAGGGCACGAUAGAGGAAUGUGGGAAGGAAAUAGAAAGGGCCGGCUCAUCUAAGGUACUAAUGCAGAUCUAAUCCAUCGCAUCACGAAUGAAGAUAUUGACGUUCUAUUUUGAAGUCGGGCAAAAAAAUAAUUAUGAGGUCGUUUGGCUUUAGCACACAAACUGAGGAUAGAAUAUAUAAGUCUGUCGUUUUUUG